AUGAGGGCAGAGAAGCUGAUUCCCAAGAGCUUCAUCCAGCAGCCCCACAGAUCUCCAACAGCAAACUAUCUGGUAAUCCUAAGUGAGGAUGAAUGUGUUUAUGUGCCAGCUAAUGAGAAUAAAGAGCAUACUUCAUUUCUCUGUUAUAGUAUUAUUCUUCUCAGUGUUUUACUCGGUGGAAUUGUGAAAGAUUCAAAACAUGCCUUUGCCAUCUCUCUUUGGACAUAUAGUCAUGUCAAAAGAUGGGUAGGUGAAGAAGCAUCAGAUGUGAGAAAAGCCUUCUUACUGAUCAGUACUGCCAAAAGUAGCCCCAUGAGAAUUCUUAUUGUUCUCUUUGCAGGGUUUCAUGUUCAUUUCGUGAGCUGUUUUGCAGUUCUCUUGGGUUUGUCCCAGUUAUGCAGAUCUUCUGUGGUUCUCAGCAAAGGAGCGCAAGCUGGUGUCAUUAGCACUACCAAAGUCUACAGAGACUGCAGCCAGCUGCCCAGCAACAGUCCAAGUGGUCUGUAUAUUAUUCAGCCCAAAGAUACCCACCCCUUAAUGGUGUAUUGUGAAAUGAACACAACUGGUGGUGGCUGGACUGUCAUCCAGAGGAACAGAGGUUCUGGUGAGCUGACCUGGGAUGAAUCCUGGACAACCUACAAGUAUGGCUUUGGGAACAUUCUGCAGGACCACUGGUUGGGGAUGGAGUACAUCUACAAAAUAGCAUCACAGACAAUCUAUGAAAUCCGUUUUGUUAUCUAUGAUGCAUCAAACAAUACGAAGUAUGCUGAUUAUAAUAUGUUCUUAGUGGAUAAUGAAACAAAUGGCUACAAACUGAGAUUGGGCAGCUACUUUGGGACUGCAGGAGAUGGCAUGACUGUAGCAGAAGCCAACAAGCUGCAUGACAAUAGAAAGUUCUCCACCAAGGAUAAGGAUCAGGACAAUACUAGUGGCAACUGUGCAAGUGGUUAUGGGGGAUGGUGGUAUGAUGCAUGUUUUGCCUCAAAUUUAAAUGUAAAGAGUGGCCUGACCUGGCACAAUCUCUGCACAAAAUGCCUGGGGUCUAUCAUCCUGAUUCGGCCAUCCAGUAUAUGCAGAGGUGCAUAAAGAGAAAAGUAGUGGAGUGGUUAGAAGCUCAUGAAGAGGCUGAAAGUAAACACUCGCCAGAUGUUUACCUCUGAUUUUUAG